AUGCCUGCAGCAAUCAAAGCAGCUCCAGAUGGCAGAGCCACAGAUUCUGAAAACCAGGACAGGAUAUUACCAGACUGGGAGAAAAACAAUAGGGAUAUACAGACACCUGCUUGUUUCAGCAAGAUGUCCCAAGAGCCCAGGAAGAAUUUUCCCCACACUAAGCAAGUUGGGAAUUACCUAGUUGGCAAAAUGAUCAACAAAGGCUCCUUUGCCAAAGUGAUGGAGGGGCUACACAUCCCCACAGGGGAGAAGGUAGCCAUAAAAGUUAUUGACAAGAAAAAAGCCAAGCAGGACUCCUAUGUUUUAAAAAAUAUGAAGCGUGAACCCCGGAUACAUCAGAUGAUUAAACAUCCUAAUAUUGUUCAGCUAUAUGAAACCUUGGAGACAGAAAACUCCUAUUACAUGGUGAUGGAACUGUGCUUGGGAGGAGACCUCAUGGACAGAAUCUGUGAGAAAAAGAAACUGGAAGAGAGAGAAGUAAAGAAAUACACCAAUCAGAUCAUGUCUGCAGUUGAACACUUGCACCGUCAUGGAAUUGUUCACAGGGAUCUGAAGAUUGAAAAUUUUCUACUGGAUGAAAACAACAGCAUCAAAAUUGUUGAUUUUGGACUGAGCAACGUAAUGAAGUUUGAAGGGCUUUCUCAAGAGCUUUUAAACACACAGUGUGGGAGUCCAGCCUAUGCAGCCCCAGAACUCCUGGCUCAUAAAAAGUAUGGGCCAAAAGUGGAUGUCUGGUCCAUAGGAGUUAGCAUAUUUGCCAUGCUAACUGGCACCUUGCCCUUCACAGUGGAGCCAUUUAAUAUCAAGCAACUUCAUCUCAAGAUGGUUAAUGGUGAAAUGAAUCCCAUUCCACCUGACAUUUCCACUGGAGCUGUUCAUUUCAUGCACUCCUUACUUGAACCUGAUCCAGCUAAGCGACCUGCUGUUAAAGAGGCAAUGAAAGACAAAUGGCUGAAUGACAGCAAUAUCAGGAAACCACUGGAUUCGCUUAUAUAUAAAAAUAGACUUCACCCUGAUGAGCUGAAUCCCGUUGUUUUGAAUUACAUGAGAGAAACAAUGGAGCUCAGCCCUACGGACAUUGUCAACGUCUUGAUAAAUAACAAGCCAUCUUCUGUAAUGGCAAUGUACUACUUGCUGCUGAAGAAAUUGAAUAGAUAUCAAAAGGAACACAGGACAAAGAAGAAGGAAAAUGCAACAGAAAAGCCCAAUGGCACACCUCCUGGAAACUUAAGUCAAGAUGCAGAUAUUCCAGCUCCUCAAAAGUCAGAACUGGUCACUGCAGAAAACCUGAAAACCUGUGAAGAUAAAGCUUCCAUGCUGAAUUCUGAAAUGCCAUAUGUGAUCCAGGAAGAUGAGAUUGCCAUUACUCUGGAAAAUCAAGAAAUCUUCCCAGAAGGAGUAGCAGCAUUUGACCGGGCCCUUCCUCACUAG